AUGAUCGACAACGCGCUAUAUGGAUCCACCCGGAUCCCGAAGUCCGAAGAUCGCGGAAGUAAUCUGGAUGUGUUUGAAGAUGGGGAACCGGUAGAUCCAGGCAAGCCAUCGGUGCUUGGUCGCAGAGCAUAUAUCGAUGACAUUCUGAUCCCCGCCAACUACUGGAAUCAACUAUGUGAUCGAGGCGAAGGUUUACUCAAAGCGUGCGAUGAGUGGAAUUUGUCGAUCAGUGUGGUUAAGAGUUUCUGGGGAAUGCCUAAGGUGGAAUAUCUCGGGCAUAGGGUCUCUCACAAUGGACUGGAGGCGAAUCCGAAAGAUCUGUCUGCGUUGACUGAUCUAGCAUUUCCAGGGUCACUCAGAGCUAUGCAGUCAUUUUUGGGAAGUCUGAACUAUUAUAGCCGAUUUAUCGAAGACAACGCGAUCUAUGUGUCGGUUCUGUAUGAAUUGCGAGAAAUCGACUUUGUUGCGAUGAUGAAGGAAGCUACCCAAGUGCGGAUCCAACAAGUACUGGAAGAGGAGAAGGUGGAUCAAGGAUCGCAGGAAAAUCAGGGUGUCGACCACCGAAAGACCUUAGAUCUGGAGACGCCAGAUCCUACUGAGGAAUACGACCAGAUCUAUUACCCCGUGAUGUAUGCAAGCCGUACUCUGACGUCGAGUGACCUUAACUAUGGCAUCGCGAAGAAGGAGGUAUUAGCCCUUCAGAUGAUCCUGGAUCUCAACAUUGGCAUCACCAAGUGUGUCAAAGGAGAGGACGAGAUCUUAGGAGCGCUGGCGGCCAGUAUUUCCCCUAGAUCAGAAGUGGAUAAGGCAUUGAUAUCAAUUGCCCCCAAAAAGGAGCCAAGACGCAAGAUCCAAGCUCCGAUCCCAACUAUUAGACGAGAUGAGGAGCUAUACGUCGUCAGUUUUGAUGGAUCGGCCCGUGUCAAGAGAGGUGGAGGCGCCUACAACGCGAUCUUGUGGAAGCUGCCCGAAUGGACGGUGUUGAAAGCUAGAUCAGGGUAUGCCGAAGGCUUGACGGUGAAUGAGGCGGAAUAUCAUGGGUUGUUGCUAUGUCUGGAUCUGUUAGAAGAUCUGGAUUCACGACGUCUGGUGAUCUGCGGAGACUCAAACCUGAGAGAUCGAUUCUUAGCAAGUGCUGCCCUGCAACGGCAAUGUGGGAUCGAGAUAGAGUCUGACAUAGAGAUCCAGGAUCUCAUAACCUUAAAUCGGUUGGAUGAGAUCCUGCUAGUGAAAGUCGAAGAGGAGAUCGCACAGAUAUCAGCUGUGACGACCCGAUCCAAGGCUAGAUCGGGAGUGCGUAUUGGAUCUGAUCCAGACUCCCUACGAGAAAAAGUCGUGAGAGAGCUACGGAUCGAGCGAAUCCGACAAGCGCAGGACGAUGAGUCGUGGAUCACGUGCUUGAAGAAGUAUCUGGUCGGGGAGAUCCGGGAUCUGACGCAAGAAGAGGCUAAGAUGUUUGGAUCUAUUGCUAUGAAUUACGAAGUGGAUCAGUUAGAUCUACUCUUCUAUUGCCCGACGACUAAGGAAAUCGCUGCAGAUCGAGAUAAGUUGAUGUGGCUGGUGCUACCUGAGACGCUUCAACAGGACAUUUUGCAUCACUAUCACACGAGUCUACAGGGUAGUCAUCAAGGGAUUUGUCGCACCUACGAUCCGAUCCGUGAUCACUUCCACUGGAGAGGACUGUACAAGAGUGUACAGCGAUACGUGGGGGAAUGUGUCGAUUGUGAAAUAGGCAAAGGACGACCCCGGAUCCAGGGCGAGUCACCUGGUAACCUUCAGGCGACAUACCCAUUCCAGAUCAUUGCCAUGGAUCACAUAUCUUCAUUGCCUAGUUCCUUCAAUGGCAACAACGAAUUGCUGAUCUUGGUGGAUCUAUUCUCGGGAUAUGUGAUCGCCAAAAUCAGCGCCUCUAGAUCAGCUCAGACAAUCGCCGAGACUUACGAAGAAUGUGUCUUCGCCGAUAUGGCGCGGGCUAGAUCCUGGGACAACGCCAACGGGCUACCAUGGCGUAUUGACCCCAAGCUAAUGGAUCUGCAGAACCGAGAUUGGGAUGAGUAUGCUGGGCGACUCACCUUCGCGAUCAACACCGCAAGAGAUCGGAUCCGAGGCAUGAUCGAGACCCAAGAAGAUGGCGAUAUCGGAUGCAAAGGUACUAUCAACAAGCUCGAGAACAAGUGA